AUGUUUUCAUCUCGAAUUUGGCUUCUUCGCCCAAUCAACACCACAGAGGAUCUACUUGUUAAAUACUACAAUGCAUCUCGUCUGCGUUUCGUUAUCAUACCAUUUUAUCGUGGACUCUGGCAUUUCCAACUUGGCAUCGUUUCAACGAUCUUUUUGUAUGCUUUGAUGAAAUGCUUUGUAGGAGAUGAGAAUGUGAUCGGUUUGAAAGGGCUGCUGGUCGUCAGUUGGAUUCUUUUCACAACAAUUCUUCAUGUCUUUUCCGCAUACAGUCUCAAACCAUUCUACGCUCAAAUACAUGCGUAUUUCUCUCCCCUCUAUUGGUUUCCGAUUCUCAAUUCGGCCAUCUUUGCAGCAACCAUUUCAGGAGCCUUUCUUAGCCGCAAAAAUGAAAGGGAUAAACACGAUUUUUUCACGGAUUUGUUCAGUUUUGGAAUGAAAACCGAGAAAGAUAUGACCAUUGGCCUAAUCUGCUCAUCUCUGAUCAUUGGCUAUUGCUUUUUCUAUUACAUGGUCACGUUUUAUUAUGCGCAGAUCAUUGUCGGUCGUCAACUGAGCAUCGAGAUGGCCGAAAAGAACAAUGCAGCCAACUCAUCUGUUGAUGAACUUCCAAUUACCACCGAAAAGUCAAAUUUUCACUACUCAAAACUGAUGAAUAUU